AUGUUUCAAAAACAAAUCUCUCCUUCCUCCUACCGAUGGACUCAAGAAAAAAUUAAAUAUCUCAAAGCACUGGUGGUAAACGAUGGAGGAGAAAGUGGCGACAAUCAUCAGGGCAACAGCUCUUCAAUAAAUCUCUCCGGUCGCGAUUGGAAUGCCAUUGCACGGGAAUUAAAUGAAAAAUUCGGAACUGCUUUUUCGGGACAGAGUUGUCAAGAUGCCAUGACUCGAUUUCAAUGGAUUGAAAACUUGAGUAGUGAUAUGUGGGCGUUGAUUUUUUCGUUUCUCAAUUUGAAUGAUUUAUUUGGGAGUGUAGAGAGAGUUUGUAAAAGUUGGAGAUUUGUAUUAUUGAGCGAGGAUUGUGAUUUUACUGUCUAUGGAGUGUUGGUGAAUGAAAUUGCUAAAUUUUGUGGUUUCUCAAAUGCCACACAAAUUUGUAUGAUUAUUCAAAACGAAAAAUCUAAAACCAAUCGAGAACUUGUGAAAGAAUUUUAUUUACAACCAUUGAAAAAACAGAUUUACACAUCAGAAGCAUUUACUACCUAUUUAGACAAAGGAGGAGUCAUUGAUAUUUGGAUGUUGCGUCCAUGUGAAUUGUUGAACAUUUUAUUGAAACAUCAAAUCUCACCCACCGAUCAAGGAUCAUAUGCCAUGGAAAUGAUUCACAAAUAUGCGCUCAUGAGUUCCAUCAGUGGAUGGCAUGAAAACGAAUUUAUUUCUAUUGCCGCCGAGGAUACGAAACGUAUCAUUACCUUUAACAGCUAUCCACAAAACCCUUCUCCAAAAAUUUCAAACCUUUCUCAUGGUAUUCUAUUACGUGAAAUGAUGCAACAUCUCAAAACAUGGAGAGCACGAUUUGGCAAGAAAUUCUUGACCUUCUUUCAACCGAUCAAUGACUGUUCGAGUGUAGAAUAUGAUCUAAUGCAAGAACCAACAUUGGUGGAUACCAAGAGCGACACUGAUACAAAGGAAAAAGAUAUUUUUGAUCUUGCAGGUGACCCACCCUAUGCUAUGAAAGAUGCAUCUCAUGAAAUUUCACAAUUAAGGUCAGAAUUAUUUGGUGAGGAAUAUUCAUGUACUGUCUAUGAAUGGAAGGCAACAAUGGCAACAAACAGUGAUGACGAGGCUGAAGAGACAUGGUCAACCUAUUGGCUGUCUGGAAUGGAAUGGUGGGGAACGUAUGCAUUUACUAUUUAUAAUCAUGAAAAGAGAGUGUUUUUUGUGGCCACCGCAAGCACUUCGGAUUAG